GAAACCCAAAUACGCAACGGUGACGGUCACAUCUCCAAACGACCCGACUGUCCAGUCAGGAGCGGAGGCAGCCGCCUGUUCGGACCAACAUGUAAACAGAAAUUUGUUCUGAAAAAGGUGCAGCCAGAGACCCGACUGAAUCUUUGGAGCAGACGGGAUUUUUACUCAGAAAAUUGUUUGGGGAAAAAAACAGCGGAUCAUCGGUUCACCUGGCAACCGACUACGUGCCCUGAAUGAGGAGGAUGCGUUGAACUGGAUGUUGCUGCCAAAGAAAUAGAUGUGAUUAAAAUAAAUAAAAAUGACAGCCCUUGUCAACAUCUGUCUCCAACUGCGCUGGAGCUGAAGGUGAAGCGGGGCUUUCUUCUGCAAGGUGCGAUGGAAGAAAAAUGCGUCGUUUUAAAGCUCCUACUUCAGCGCAGCGAGGAGGAUGGUGUUUGCCCUUCAUGUGAUUGUCAUGUCUUCGGCGUUUUUCAAUCCCAGCUUCGCCUUCAGUUCCCACUUUGAUACAGAUGGGGCGCCGCUGAGCGAGCUAUCCUGGCCCUCUUCUCUAGCAGUUGUUGCCAUCUCCUUCUCUGGCCUCUUCACGUUUGUCUUCCUCAUGUUGGCCUGCCUCUGCUGCAAGAAGGGAGACAUUGGGUUCAAGGAAUUUGAAAACACAGAGGGAGAAGAGUACCAGGCAGAUCUCUCCGCUCUGGCCUCGCCUUCCUCCCAGAACGGGCCUGAGGUUUACAUCCUUCCCCUCACCGAGGUCUCCCUGCCCGUCUCCAAACAGCCCGGCAGAUCAAUACAGCUGCUGAAAUCAUCCGACAUCGGACGCCAUAGCCUGCUGUAUCUGAAAGAGAUUGGACAUGGCUGGUUUGGAAAAGUUCUGCUGGGGGAAGUCACAUCAGGUGUCAGCACCACCCAGGUGGUGGUGAAGGAGCUGCAUGCCAGUGCAAGUGUCCAGGAUCAGAUCCAAUUCCUGGAGGAGGCCCAGCCAUAUCGAACCCUCCAGCAUCAUGCACUCCUGCAAUGCCUGGCACAGUGUUCAGAGGUCACUCCCUAUCUGCUGGUCAUGGAGUUUUGUCCUCUGGGAGAUCUUAAGAAUUACCUCGGCAGCUGUCGGGCCACUGAUGCCGAGACUCCAGACGCCUUGAUCCUCCAGAGAAUGGCUUGCGACAUUGCUUCAGGGCUCCUUCACCUUCACAAACACAACUUUAUCCACAGUGACCUGGCCCUGCGAAACUGCCUUCUUACUUCAGAAAUGUCUGUUAAGAUCGGAGACUAUGGACUCUCUCACAGCCGAUAUAAGGAUGACUACUUCAUAACACAAGACCAGAUUUGGGUGCCUCUGCGCUGGAUCGCACCAGAACUCAUAGAUGAAGUCCACGGAAAUCUGCUGGUUGUUGAUCAAACCAAAAGCAGUAACAUAUGGUCUUUUGGUGUGACUUUAUGGGAGCUCUAUGAGCUGGGAAACCAGCCGUACAGACAUUACUCUGACAGACAAGUGUUGACAUACGCUGUGAAGGAACAGCAGCUUAAACUACCCAAACCCCAGCUGCAGUUCCCCCUGGAUGACCGCUGGUAUGAAGUGAUGCAGUUCUGCUGGCUGCAGCCCGAGCUCAGGCCGAGCAGCGAGGAAGUUCACCUUUUGGUCACAUACUUGUGUGCCAAAGGCUCGAGUGAAGCUGAGGAAGACUUUGAGCAACGUUGGAAUGCCUUGAAACCAAAUUUGCUUUGCAGCACAUCACAUACAGCUGCAUCUACAUCCCUGGUCCUCACUCCCACCCCUGCUGACCCCAGUGCAGACAUAACUCAGGCAGUGGAGCUGGCCUCUUCUGCCUCAUCCUCCUUCCCUCUCUUGGAGCACUUCUCUGACAGUUUUCACUCUGACACAGGAGAUGACCUCCUGACCGUCACCGAGACAAGCCAUGGCCUCAACUUCGAGUACAAGUGGGAGCCGGCCCGAGCAGAACAGCCCUACUGCUCCUCUUCCACCAGUGGGCAAUUGGGCCAGGAGAACCCACACUACCAGGAUAUUUACUAUUCCAACACAGGAAGUACCUCAGUGGGCUGUAGGACAGACAGCCUGACAUCAGGCAAGUCCCCAUCCUAUUAUGAAUCAGAACACACCAGUGUUGUACCAGUGCUUAGUGCCCACAGCCCCUCUAUAAGCAGUGAGUACUACAUUCGCAUAGAAGAACCUGUCCAAUGCAACAUCAAGUUUUGUGAUGGCAUCGGGGACUACUGUUCAGAACUGCAAUCUACUAACACAAGGUUCUCACCUGAUAAUCAAGCUAAUUCUUACUGGUCAACCACAGACAACAUCAAAUCCAAUGAUUCAAGCCCCGCCAUUCAACUACGCACACAUCCACUGCUGAGCCCUUUAUCUAAUAACAGUGCUGUAAAGUCAGGUUGUUCUCAUAAUUCACUUCCGUCUUACAGCAGUAAGGCCUUCUACUGUGACGAAUCACCACUACCCAAGAUACAGAAGCAAUCCUCUCCCUCUACACUGGAAAAGUCACCAGAGAUUCAAUCGAACCAUCUUAAUACAGACGGUCUGUUAGAAAACCCACGCAGUUUAUCACUGGCUGUCAGCAGCCCCAGUUUAGGGUUCUGCGAUCCCUACCUUGAGCCGCACACAGGUCACAACACAGUCAACGAAAGCUGCCAUAAUAUGUUGGGCCCCCUCAGAAAGACUCUACCCAUUGUUAACCACGUUGACAUAGAUGUAGGAGAGGAUGAUGAUCCACAGUUAGCUCGGCGGAAAAGUAGAGAAGCAGAGGAUAAAACCAACUGGAUCUCAAACCGCUCGGCAAACAACAACAGCUUUGACAGCAGGCAGACAGGCAGCGGGAACGACAGUUCCACGACUCUUUCAUCAGAUGCAACAGAAGCAUGGGCUUUAACCAAGGCCACCACAAGGACCUUCCAAAGCUUCAAGCCUUGUGGCACCUUGGGGGGCAGUGACGAAGGUCCUGAAUGGAGUGCAUCUUGCAUGUCUGUCGGUUUAGACUCAUACAUUCAGAUAUGCCACAAAGAGUCAGCUGAAGAGGAGAAGCCACCAACAUUGGAUUGCUUUCAAAGCAACAAUGCUCUAACCAGUUCAAGCAAGAACAGCAGUGGUACAGAGGGUGGGAAAAUGGAACCUAAGACUGAGCAAAAAGGAACCUUGUGCGAUAUACAGACGAGCAACAUGUGGGAGGGAGUUUCAGCUAGAACAUCUGUUGGUCUGAGUGGCUUGAGGCUGAAUUAUGCAGAGACAUCAAAAAGCAGCAGAAACCAGCAACAUGCAAUAGACAUUAGGGACUGCAGCAGCUGCCUGGUUGAACUUGGUGACUACAGUGAGGAUGAGGAAGAUGACAUGGCAGAUAUUACAUCAGGGAUCUUUGCUGACUUCAACCUUGACCUUAGUGAGGUUGAGGAGGAGGAGAUUUCAGAGGGGAAUUCAGACACUCUGGGUGCCAUUAAUGUGCUAUCAUCAGCGGCAAGCUCCUGCAACCAGGCCUUCAGCCCUGAUCCCUACAACACACCCAUCCUGCCCAAAUCUCUGGAUAGUGGCUAUGAUACAGAAAACAAUGAAUCUCCAGAGUUUAUGUUCAAAGAGCUUGGAGAUCCACUGGGAGGUGAAAGUUGUCCUAGGCUGGGUGGAGAAUCUGAAAUUGCUUUGCAUGUUGGUUUAGGGCAGGGUGUCUGCAAUUCAACAAUCACCUCAGAGCUACACGUAAAGAGCCUUGUGGAUAGCAACCCAUACAGAGACUCUGCUUAUUUCUCCGACUAUGAUCUAGAAAUUGAGAGGAGUCCCAAAAAAGAAGCGAAGAUGUUCCUUUCAGAAUCUGGGAAAUGUCUUGGGUCAGACAAUACCUUGAGCUCUGCAGAAGAACCUAUUCAUGAAGAUAAUCUGAACUGUCAGAGGAAUUUAACAAACCUGAGACAUUUCAAAGGUUGCAUUUUGGCAAAUCUCUCAGGGGCCAACUUGCAUUCAGCCCAUAAUGUCCAAACCCCCGAGUUGUCCAUGCUGUCACCAUUUCCUCCACAGAUGGGUGGGUGCCUCACCAAAGAAGCUGCUCCUGCUGAUGAUGAUCUGGGACUGGGCACCGAGCAUUCAGGGGAAGAGUCUGCAUCUGAGUUAAACUCCUUAAAUGGAUCAGAACCCUCCUCCUCUGUCCUGGAAGCAUCUGCAAAACAUGAAGAGGGUAGCAGGGGAGCAGAAGGCUGCUCAUCCGUCCAUUUAUCAUUGUCUGGCUGCUCCAUCUCUGAAUGUAGAGAUAAAACCUGUGAAGAAAAUGAAAAUGCUGAGGAAUCCAAUGAGGAAGCUAAGCUACCUGAACAGAAGGAUGUUGACGAGGAGAAUGAGCACCAAAAGGAGGGUGGGAGAAUAAACGACGAGGAUUUUGAGGACAUUGAUGCAGAGGAAUGUGACAGCUUAUGUGAGGAAUCCAACGGUCCUCAUGACCUCUCCACCUCCUCAUCAUUGUUGGAGCUAUGCGGAGAAGAUGUAAGAGCGCCGCUGGAAGAGGCUGAAGAUGAAGACGACUCGGAUGAAAGCGAGUCUGACGAAGAGUUGAGAACCUACAACAUCCAAGAUGAAGAGAGCGAGGAGAGUGAAGAAGAUUUCAGCACAGUCCCAGUGGUGGUGAGUGACAGCAGCAGGGCGAGACACCUCCGCAGCCUCCUGAAGAUGCCCACCCUGCUUAGCGAAUCCUUCUGUGAGGAGUUGGAGCAGAAGAAAAAAGCUGUAUCCUUUUUUGACGACGUCACAGUGUUUCUUUUUGACCAGGAGAGUCCCACUGGAGAACUGGCUGACUGCUCGUUUUCUUCUGGAGAAGAGCUCAUUGACCAGGAAACAUCAAACUCAGAUCUCGAAGCUCAAUCUACUGAUACUCACUGUUUUGCUAAGGAAACUGAAGGAAACAGCUCAGCACAUGAUAGGAAUUACGAAUGGAAAGAUGAGCAUUCUGUGGAGACCUGUCCAUCCUCACUUCUCCCCAUCACGGAUCCUGUGUCCUCACACACUUCUGUCACCGAUGCAGCUGAAGUUCCUAAACCUGUUGCCGUUCCACUUAACCGUUUCAUGGUCUCUCGAUUCUCCAUCACACAUGUGUCUGACUCCCAAACGGGCACAGCGACAGGGAACAGUGAAGAUAAUCCAAAACACUGAGUCUCACAGGAAAGACCAGAGGAGGCGGAGCCAGAAAAGCAGCAUUAUUCUAUUCAAGAUGAUUUACAGAGUUGUAUUUUAUUUUUAUUAGUGUUUGGGACAUCUUAUUCUGAGACCCUUUAUGAGACAGUGCCUCAUAUUGUGGUUGGAUACUUUAUUGACUUGCACAAGCUUUUUUUUUUUGAUAUGAAUGCAAUAGCCGUAGGAGUUAAAAUUAAAAUUUUAAGAACUCCAGAAUGUGGAUACAGAUUUAGAUCAUAUGGUUUGGGGUAAAAGAAAAAAUAAAUCCUGGUUCCUGGUUCUGCAGCUCCAUAAUUUUGCUUCAUGAAACUGUUUUGGUUUUGGUAAGUGUUUUUUUUUUUUUUUUAUUUGCAAGACAAAAA